AUGAUAGGAUGUACUCAGUGUGUCCGAGCGUGCCCUACAGACGUAUUAGAAAUGAUACCUUGGGAUGGAUGUAAAGCUAAGCAAAUAGCUUCCGCUCCAAGAACCGAGGAUUGUGUUGGUUGUAAGAGAUGUGAAUCUGCCUGUCCAACGGAUUUUUUGAGCGUUCGGUACUUGUACUCAAAAAAUACGCGUUCUUUGGACCUGGUGUAUCUUGUCUUUACCACAAAUGAUUUUCCUUGGUUAACAAUGAUUGUUGUUUUUCCAAUAUCGGCCGGUUCGUUAAUACUGGGAAUAGAUGGACUUUCUAUAGGAACGAUUUUACUGACGGGAUUUAUUACUACUUUAGCUACUUUAGCGGCUUUUCCAGUUACUCGGGAUUCCCGACUAUUCCAUUUCCUUAUGUUAGCAAUGUACAGCGGUCAAAUAGGAUUAUUUUCUUCUCGGGAUCUUUUACUUGUUUUCAUCAUGUGGGAAUUAGAAUUAAUUCCCGUUUAUCUCCUUUUAUCUAUGUGGGGUGGAAAGAAACGUCUGUAUUCAGCUACAAAAUUUAAUUUAUACACUGCAGGAAGCGUUUUAGGUAUAAGUUUAUAUGGUUCGAACGAACCAACAUUAAAUUUAGAACUAUUAGCUAAUCAAUCCUAUCCUAUAACACUCGAAAUACUAUUUUAUAUUGGAUUUCUUAUUGCUUUUGCCGUCAAAUCACCGAUUAUACCUUUACAUACUUGGUUACUUGAUACCCACGGCGAGGCACAUUACAGUACCUGUAUGCUUCUCGCUGGAAUCUUAUUAAAAAUGGGAGCAUAUGGGUUGGUUCGAAUCAAUAUGGAAUUAUUACCUCACGCCUAUUCUAUGUUUUCUCCUUUGUUGAUGGUAGUCGGUACAAUCCAAAUAAUUUAUGCAGCUUCAACAUCUCUUGGUCAACGUAAUUUAAAAAAGAGAAUAGCCUAUUCUUUUGUAUCUCAUAUGGGUUUUAUAAUUAUCGGUAUUAGUUCUAUAACGGAUCCUGGGCUUAAUGGCGCUAUUUUACAAAUAAUCUCUCAUGGAGUUAUUGGCGCUGCACUUUUUUUCUUGGGAGGAACGAGUUAUGAUAGAAUUAGGCUUGUUUAUCUUGAUGAAAUGGGUGGAAUGGCUAUCUCCAUUCCAAAGAUAUUUACAAUGUUCACUAUCUUAUCAAUGGCUUCUCUUGCAUUACCGGGCAUGAGUGGUUUUGUUGCAGAAUUAAUCGUUUUUUUUUGA